UUUGUUUUCCUUUUUUGCUUCGAAACCAAAACCUUUCGCUGGGUCUCUCGAUCGCGAUUCAACGGAUCCCACGUCCGCCUCUUUCUUCCUCUCCCCGCGAUCGGACCUCGAGAACCCUAAAUUUCUAGGGUUUCAUCUCGUCGAUCUUCGAUUUUCUCUGUCCCCUCGGCUUCGAGCUCCGGUUCGCGGGGAAAAUGCCUCUCAGACUAGAAAUCAAGAGGAAACUUGCGCAAAGGUCAGAACGAGUAAAAUCAGUUGAUCUGCAUCCAACGGAACCAUGGAUUCUUGUGAGUCUUUAUUCCGGAAGCGUUGGCAUCUGGAAUUAUCAAACGCAGACUUUGGUGAAAUCUUUUGAGGCCACAGAAUUACCAGUGCGAUCAGCAAAAUUUAUAGCACGCAAACAAUGGGUUGUUGCUGGGGCAGAUGAUAUGUUUAUCCGUGUAUACAACUAUAAUACGAUGGACAAGGUCAAAGUAUUUGAGGCACAUACGGAUUACAUCAGAUGUGUGGCUGUCCAUCCAACCCUUCCAUAUGUGCUAUCAUCUUCUGAUGACAUGAUGAUAAAACUUUGGGACUGGGACAAGGGUUGGAUGUGUACUCAAAUUUUUGAAGGACAUUCCCAUUAUGUGAUGCAAGUCACAUUCAAUCCAAAAGACACUAAUACUUUUGCAAGUGCCUCUCUUGAUCGUACAAUAAAGAUUUGGAACCUUGGUUCUCCAGACCCAAAUUUUACAUUAGAUGCACAUGUAAAAGGAGUGAAUUGUGUUGAUUACUUUACUGGUGGUGAUAGGCCCUACUUGAUUACUGGUUCUGAUGAUCACACUGCUAAGGUCUGGGAUUACCAAACCAAAAGCUGUGUGCAAACGCUAGAAGGUCACACACAUAACGUUUCAGCUGUUUGCUUUCAUCCUGAUCUUCCCAUAAUAAUUACUGGUUCAGAGGAUGGAACUGUUCGCAUAUGGCACGCAACUACAUAUAGGCUAGAAAAUACUCUAAAUUAUGGUCUGGAACGAGUUUGGGCUCUAGGAUAUAUGAAAGGAUCGAGAAGAGUUGUAAUUGGAUAUGAUGAAGGAACCAUAAUGAUAAAACUUGGCCGUGAAGUGCCAGUUGCUAGUAUGGACAGCAGUGGGAAAAUUAUAUGGGCAAAGCAUAACGAAAUACAAACUGUGAAUAUCAAAUCAGUUGGAGCAGACUAUGAGGUUACUGAUGGAGAAAGACUGCCUUUGGCUGUAAAGGAGUUGGGAAGCUGUGAUCUUUAUCCACAAACCUUGAAGCAUAACCCCAAUGGAAGAUUUGUUGUUGUUUGUGGAGAUGGAGAAUAUAUUAUAUACACUGCACUGGCAUGGAGAAAUCGAUCAUUUGGAUCUGCUUUGGAGGUUGUCUGGUCAACUGAAGGAGAAUAUGCAGCCAGGGAAAGUACUUCGAGAAUAAAGAUUUUUAGCAGAACAUUCCAGGAGAAGAAAAGUAUCCGGCCUACCUUCUCUGCUGAACGAAUUUUUGGGGGAACAUUACUUGCAAUGUGCUCCCAUGACUUCAUUUGCUUCUAUGACUGGACAGAAUGCAGGUUGAUACGUAGAAUUGAUGUGAAUGUCAAAAAUCUUUACUGGGCUGAUAGCGGCGACCUGGUGACAGUUGCUAGUGACACGUCAUUUUACAUCUUAAGAUACAAUAGGGAUGUUGUUUCCUCUUAUUUAGAAAGUGGAAACCAAGCAGAUGAGCAAGGUGUUGAGGAAGCUUUUGAACUUCUACAUGAGAUAAAUGAGCGGGUUCGAACUGGAAUUUGGGUUGGAGACUGUUUCAUUUACAAUAAUUCUUCUUCAAGGCUGAAUUAUUGUGUCGGUGGAGAGGUCACCACAAUGUUUCAUUUGGACCGGCCUAUGUACUUGUUGGGGUAUCUUGCUAGUCAAAGUCGGGUGUAUCUUAUUGAUAAGGAAUUCAAUGUCAUGGGAUACACCCUCCUCCUUAGUUUGAUAGAGUACAAAACACUUGUGAUGCGUGGAGAUUUAGAUCGUGCGAAUCAAGUUUUACCAUCAAUUCCUAAAGAACAUCACAACAGGUAUGCNNGUUUCUUGGAGUCUCGUGGCAUGUUGGAGGAUGCUCUGGAAGUCGCUACGGAUCCUAAUUACAGAUUUGAUCUAGCUAUACAGCUAGGGCGGUUAGAUGUUGCGAAGGAGAUUGCUGUUGAAGGACAAAGUGAAUCAAAGUGGAAACAGUUGGGAGAGCUAGCUAUGUCCACUGGAAUGUUAGAAAUGGCGGAAGAAUGUUUAUCAAAUGCUAUGGAUUUGAGUGGUUUACUGCUUCUUUAUUCAGCUCUUGGAGACGCUGAGGGAAUAACAAAACUUGCAAAUCUGGCCAAAGAACAGGGGAAGAACAACGUUACUUUCCUUUGUUUAUUUAUGCUAGGUAAAGUGGAUAAUUGCCUAAAUCUGUUGGUGGAAAGCAAUCGUAUCCCAGAAGCUGCUUUGAUGGCACGAUCCUAUCUUCCAAGCAAAGUCCCUGAGAUUGUUGCAACGUGGAAAAAUGAUCUCAACAAGGUUAACCCGAAAGCUGCAGAAUCAUUGGCUGAUCCCCAAGAGUACCCCAACUUGUUUGAGGACUGGCAGGUUGCUCUUGCUGUUGAAUCAAAGCAUGCACAUGAAAGGUGUAGUUAUCCUCCUGCAGAGGAAUAUUUGAACUAUGUUGAAAAGUCAAAUGUUAACCUCGUAGAAGCGUUCAAAAGCAUGCAAGUUGAUGAAGAGAAUGUGGCACUUGAAAACGGAGAUUCUAGUCUUCAGGUAAUGGAAGAGAAUGGAGAGGAAGAAGUUCAGGUGGUGGAAGAGAAUGAUGAGUCUACAGAUGGUGCUGUUCUCGUGAAUGGGAAUGAGGAUGAGGAACAGAAUAAUGAAGAGACUUCAUUGGAUAGGCAAGUCUAUAUCCCAAAUUCUGGCUCCAAUUGAACUUUCCCCUUUUUAAGAAUCCAUUAUGCCCCCUUGGUACCAACACAACAACAAAGCCUUUUAGCCCAUUUCCUGAACCUGUUCUGUUUGCUAACUUUGCAGUGCUUACAUGGCAACUAGGGAAUUUGCAAGGCAACAUCCAGUGGGGGCAGUGCACUACUGUUUCUUGAGGUUCCAGAGAGAGAGAGAGAGAAAGAGAGUGACCGGACAAGGCAUAUAUUAUAAUCAAAUCCAGCUGAGCAUAAACAAAUAACUCAUGCAAUUACCGUAAUGUGUUCGCAGGCAUUUUUGUAUCAUUAAAUUCAAGAUAGACAUCAGAGUUUUAACCAAGAAGUCAGGUCUUUGCAGCCCCUUUUAUCUAAUUUUUCUUUAAUUAGAAGACAGCUAUAUCCAUUACAGCUUCCUGUAUUUUUUUUAGUUUCCUUGUUCCAUUUCUUUAUGCUGAAAGAGAGGUAUGUAUCAAAUAAAAAUGUUUAGCGAAUGACGCACUUGGUUUUUAUUUUUCUUUGGGAGACCAGAAACUAACCAUUUGGGAUACAGCCGGGUAUGAGUUUUUGA